AUGAUCUCUGAUACCGCGCUUUCUACCGUCUCCAACGUGCUUGGCAGUGGUGCGAUGGUCCUGAUCGUGGCCUACCACGUUCUCGCCGUCUCUACCAAGCGCCAGGUCGACACCAUGUCGGACGCUGCUGCACGCCACAACCAUGUGUACGGAAACCCUGCGAAGAAGGAGCAGUCCUAUGACAAUGUCAAGGUCUCGAACAACGCAUGGGACACGAAUCUCUUGGAAGCCAACGGCGAGUUUCUCUCGGUGAACUGGAACGUGUCGGGAGGCGGCGCAUUUGCGCUGAUUCCGCUCACGCGCCCGGGGAAGCUUCCCGAUCUGUACCCCGUCUGCCGCGGCCACACUGCGGCCGUGCUCGACACGUCGUUCAGCCCGUUUGACGACCACGUCGUGGCGAGUGGUGGCGACGAUGCACAGGUCUCGAUCUGGAAGGUGUCGCCCGAAGAGGUCGUCGAGCGCCUCGACAACAACAAGGACGGCGCCCUGGAGGACUUUAAGCCGCUCGCGACCUUUGCCGGCGGCCGCCGCCGUGUCGGCCAGGUGCAGUUCCAUCCGACGGCCUCUAACGUGCUUGCCGCUGCGACCGGCGACCACGCGAUCAAGCUCUUUGACACCGAGAAGCAAAAGGCCCAGAUCGAGCUCACGGGCUUCACCGACUCGAUCCAGUCGAUGACCUUUGACUGGACCGGAAGCACGAUCGCGGCGACAUGCCGUGACCGCAAGCUGCGUCUCUUUGACACGCGCACGCCCAAGGCGGUGCACACGGUGGAUGGUCACGGCGGCAUCAAGGGUGCGCGCGCUGUUUGGUGCGGCGAUAAGCCGCGUCUGAUCACGUCGGGCUUCAGCAAGAUGUCGGAGCGCCAAAUGUUCCUGUGGGACGUUGCGCAGCCCGCCAAGCCGCUCAAGACCGUGUCUCUGGACAGCAGCAACGGUAUCAUUAUGCCGUUCUGGAGCGACAACAACGUCGUCUUUUUGGCCGGCAAGGGCGACGGCAACAUCCGUUACUACGAGCUGGAGUCGGACGAGAUCCACUACCUGGCCGAGUACAAGUCGGUCGAGCCGCAGAGCGGCAUGGCGUUCUUGCCCCGCCGCUCGCUCAACGUCGACGAGAACGAGAUCGCGCGUGCAUACAAGGUGACGAGCAGCAUGGUCCAGCCCGUGUCGUUCUACGUGCCGCGCAAGGCCGACUCGUUCCAGGCGGAUAUCUUCCCUCUGGCGCAGUCGAACAAGCCGGCGCUGACCGCGGACGAAUUCUUUGUCGAUAAGGAGACCAAGACGCCAAACCUGCUGGACUUUGAGAACAAGUCGAUCAUUACCGGCGAUGCGACAAAGCCGACGCUCGACGCCUCCGAGGCCGCUAGCAGUGCUGCUGCCGAGGCCAAGGAGAAGGAGGACGCGGCGAAGGAGAAGGAAAAGGCCGCGAAGGAAAAGGAGGAGAAGGUGAAGGAGGAGAAGGCGGUGAAGGAGGCCAAGAAGGAGGAGGCCAAGAAGGAGGGGGAGAAGGAGGACAAGGAGAAGGAGGUUCAGGCCAAGGAGAAGGAGCAGAAGGAGAAGGAGCAGAAGGAGAAGGAGGCCAAGGCCGCCAAGGAGAAGGAGGACAAGGAAAAGAAGGACAAGGAGGCCAAGGACAAGGAAGAGAAGGAGAAGAAGGACAAGGAGACUGCCCAUAAGGAAGAGUCCUCCCCGACUGCGGCCCUUGCUGGCGCGGGUGCGGGUGCCGCCGCCGCCGCCGCGACCGCCGCUUCGUCCUCGUCCGCCUCGCCGUCCGGCCCUGCUGCCACGUCCUCCGCAACCACCGAUGCCUCUGCCGAGAUCGAGGACCUGAAAGCGCAGAUUGCCGAACGCGAUACACGCAUUCGUGAACUCGAGAUGGAGAACUUGAAACUCCGCACGAACCACCAACGUGUCCGCGACAUGUUCCUUAGCACGCAGUAA